GUUGUGGCAAGUGUGGGAGACAGUCGUGCUCUGCUGUGCCGGAAGGGAAAGGCCGUGAAACUCACCAUUGACCAUACUCCAGAGAGAAAGGAGGAGAAGGAAAGGAUUAAGAAGUCUGGUGGCUUCAUUUCCUGGAACAGUUUGGGACAGCCUCAUGUGAAUGGUAGACUUGCAAUGACACGGAGCAUAGGAGAUUUGGAUCUUAAAAACAGUGGUGUGAUAGCCCAGCCAGAAACAAAAAGGGUUCAGCUGCACCACGCAGAUGACAGCUUCCUGGUGCUGACCACCGACGGCAUCAACUUCAUAGUGAACAGCCAGGAGAUCUGCGACUUCAUCAGCCAGUGCCACGAUCCUGCUGAGGCUGCCCACGUGGUCACUGAGCAGGUAAUGCCAGCGCUUCUCUGGGCACCAAGGGCUCCUGGCUGG